UAUUGUCGUCUCGGUACAGUUUGCCCUUCCAGAGAAAAUGAUGAAACGUGGAAAAUGAACGUGGAAGUUGUGAAAUAAAGGGGUUAAGGGGACGAACCACCCCGCUGGCUUUGGCCCAAAACAGAAGCACGGCAUUCUGUGCAGGAAUCCAGGCUGCUACAUAAUUACCAUAAGGCAAUCUGGUGUCCUUGAGUAAAACCAUGACCUCAGAAGUGACCGUGAGUAACUCAGGAGCGAACCUACCUAAACCUGUCUAUAAAGAAUACUACUGGCUGCGGUCAUUUGUAGCGGGAGGGGUGGCCAGUUGUUGUGCCAAAACAACCAUUGCACCUUUGGAUAGGAUCAAGAUCUUACUUCAAGCUCAGAAUGUUCAUUACAGACACCUGGGGAUAUUGGCCACAGCAGUUGCAGUGAAAAAGAAGGAAGGGUUCCCUGGCUUGUACAAAGGAAAUGGAGCCAUGAUGGUCCGAAUAUUUCCAUAUGGUGCUAUACAGUUUAUGGCAUUUGACAAAUACAAAAAGAUAAUAAGAAAAAAGAUAAAAAAUUCUGAACAUAUACCCAGAUUAAUGGCUGGAUCCAUGGCUGGUAUAACUGCUGUUAUUUUCACGUAUCCUUUGGACAUGAUCAGAGCUCGGCUUGCAUUUCAAGUUAAAGGAGAACACCGAUACAAUGGAAUUAUCCAUGCCUUCAAAACAAUAUAUUUAAAGGAAGGAGGUUUCCCUGGAUACUACAGAGGACUUCUGCCCACCAUUAUAGGAAUGGCCCCCUAUGCAGGAUUUUCUUUUUUCACCUUUGAGACUUUGAAGACAGCUGGGCUGAAACAUGCUCCUGAACUGCUUGGGAAGCCAUCGUCUGAUAACCCAGAUGUCAUGAUUCUGAAGACACAUGCCAGUUUACUCUGUGGCGGCAUUGCAGGUGCUAUUGCACAGAGCAUCUCGUACCCUUUGGAUGUGACUCGACGACGUAUGCAGUUAUCAGCGAUAUUACCAGAUUCAGAAAAGUGCCGGACCAUGUUCCAGACCCUGAAGUAUGUCUGCAUGCAGCACGGAAUAAGAAGAGGGCUGUACCGUGGCUUAUCCCUGAAUUACAUCCGAUGCAUUCCUUCUCAGGCCGUGGCCUUUACAACCUAUGAAUUCAUGAGACAGGCUUUGCACUUGAACUAGAAUCGUAUUGCUCACGUUCACAGCGUUAAUAAACGGCAGACAACUACGUAACGUGUAAUAUA